AGAAAAUACCUCAACUGCCUUAACCCUUUCUAUUCCUUGGUGACCAUCUCAUUUGCUUUAAUUAUCCAUCAUCUGUCUUUCCUUCUUCUUCUUCUUCUCCUUCUUCUGCUGCUUCUUCAUCUUUUUUAUGUGUAUACACAAGUGUAAAUGAGUAUAUAGAUAUACAUAUAUAGCUGGCUAGCUAUAGCUUGUGAGACCUGAACCCCAUCAUCAAAAAAAUUGUGAUUAUUCUAUGAAGAUCAAGUGUAGUAUCACCUCCAUCUUUCUCCUACUCCUCCUUCUUGUCUUGCCUUGCAUUUCAAGAGCAAGAGCAGGAUCUGAAGUAACAGAGCCAGAAAUUUACGAGAUUGAUUAUAGAGGACCCGAGACUCACUCUUCUGCGUUGCCUCCUCCUGGUGGUCGUUCUCAUGGCAGACCUUUCAUUCCUGGUGAUCAAGCAGCUAUGGCAGCUCGUAACUCCAAAGGCAAUGGAGAAAAUGCCAAGAAAAUCCAUGGAUGAUAAGUAAAAUUUUGGAAAUGUUGAUGCAUUAAUUAGUUUUGUCUCAAGUUCUCAAUAUUAAUUACAGUUUAAUUAGUGGGUAUUAUAUAUAUAUAUAUUAUUAGUAGAAUAUUCUAUGUAGGAAGAUUGAGAGAAAAUGAAAUAAUCUAUCUCUGUAAAUAUUGUUUAAUCGUGUGGUCUUUAAAUGAAUUUCUAUUUGGGGUUUUUGUAAUUUUAAUUAUGGUUGGAUAGAUAACACAAUAUCAAGAAUAUAAUUAAUAAGAUUCUUAUUUAGCUAAUUAAUUAAA